GGGUCAUUCCCACAAUGCUGUGCUUCUCUCACCACCCACCUUGCUAACGUAGGCCUGACAAAAUGGUGGUGUUCCGUUGCUGUGUUGUGCUCAAAUCAUAGAGAAUCGAAUUUGGAAAAACAAUGGCAGAAGAAGGAACCAGCAUUUCUCCUGGAGAGCUUCACAAAGAAGUCAAUGAGACAUCCACACCAGAGGAAAAUGAAGAUUCCUGCAUCUCAAAUGAAACUCAGGUGAAUGGCACUGAGCCUGAAGCUGAUGUAUAUCGCUAUAUUAAAGGUGAUCUUUUUACAUCUGAGAUUUACAAGAUUGAAAUACAGAACCUCCCAAAAUAUGUAAGUUUCAGCGAUUUAAGAAAAUUUCUCAGCAGGAAUAGCUUGGUUCCUCACAAAAUUAAACUCUUUGGAAAGCGGCCUUUUGCAUUUGUGACUUUUAAAGAGGAACAAGAACGAGACCGAGCAAUGGAGGUCCUUCAGGGGCAAGUUUGGAAAAAUAGGAAUUUGCAUGUCCGAUUAGCAAAACCAAAAGCUGAUCCUAUUGCUAAGAAACGAAAGCAGGAAGGCACCGAGAAUGAUAAUCAUGAACGAAAGCGUACUGCUCCAGUGGAUGUUUUGGACAGACCUUUAAGUGAACAAAUUGCUGAUGUGGUGACACCCCUAUGGAACAUUCCAUAUGAAGAACAGCUGAAAAAGAAAGAGCAAAACGUCUUACAAGUGUUGGCAUUGUUAACUACAGAAAUAGGUACCCAUAAUCGAGCCUUUGUGCCGUGGGUGUUUCGACAGAAAAAGAUGUUUGGUGGAAUCUGUUGUCCAUUGGAGGGAGUGAAGCCGUCACCACUGCAGACUGAAUACCGUAACAAGUGCGAAUUUCUAAUUGGCGUUGGAGCAAAUGGAGAAGAUAAAACUAUAGGAUGUCGUUUGGGUAAAUACAAGGGAGGAUCGUGUGCAGUUGUAGAGCCAUUUGAUACUGUUCAUAUUCCAACCAAAGCAAAGGAGGUUGUGAAGGCAUUUCAGAACUACAUAAGGUUAUCUCCUUAUUCUGUGUAUAGCCCAGAAACGUAUGAAGGUCACUGGAAGCAGUUGACUGUACGCAUCACUAGAGCCAAGCAUAUCAUGGCUAUAAUUUACUUCAAUCCUCAGAAGCUAACUAAAACAAAACUAGAAGAACUGAAAGGUGAAUUAGCCAAAUAUUUCACAGAAGGUGAUGGGAAGGAUUGUGGAGUAACUUCACUUUACUUUGCUGAAGAAGGUCAAAGAAAAUCUCCCAGUUUGGAAGACUUGCCUUUGGACCAUGUGACUGGAGAGAAGUACAUAUAUGAAGAGCUCCUUGGACUUAAAUUCAGGAUUUCUCCUCAUGCAUUUUUCCAGGUGAACACCCAGGCUGCCGAGGUCCUUUAUUCAGCAGUUGGAGACUGGGCCAAUCUGAACCAUGAUAGUGUAGUGUUGGAUGUUUGCUGUGGCACUGGAACUAUUGGACUUUCCCUUGCAAAGAGAGUGAAGAAAGUUAUUGGAAUUGAAAUGUGCCAGGAAGCUACUGAAGAUGCUAAAGUGAAUGCAGAGUUAAAUGGUCUGUCCAACGUGGAAUUCUUGUGUGGGAAAGCUGAAGAUCUCUUUCCUACUGUAAUCAACUCUUUAACAUCACAGAACCUAGUUGCUGUAGUGGACCCACCUCGGGCAGGACUGCAUUCCAGAGUUGUAUUAGCAAUAAGAAGAGCAGAACAUCUGAAAAGUCUAAUUUAUGUUGCUUGUAAUGCUCGAGCAGCUAUGAACAAUUUUGUGGACCUUUGUCGUGCCCCAUCUCAUCGAGUGAAGGGAUCUCCAUUUCGUCCAGUUAAAGCUAUGGCUGUCGAUCUCUUCCCACAUACAAUGUACUAUGAACUGUUAAUAUUGUUUGAGAGAGUGGAAUAAGCUCAGUUUCUCCAAUGAAGACGAGGCUUCAAGAACACACCUGAGACUAAACUUAUUACAAAUGACCAGAUAUUAUUGAAAACAAAUAUUGGGAUUAACCAGAAAUGCUACCUUGAGCUAGUUCAGCAUAAGAACAUAAGAACUAGGAGCAGGAGUAGGCCGUCUGGCCCUUCGAGCCUGCUCCGCCAUUCACUAAGAUCAUGGCUGAUCUUUUCGUGGACUCGGAUCCACUUACCCGCGUUCUCACCGUAUCCCUUAAUUCCUUUAUUGUUCAAAAAAAAUCUACCUUUUUUUAAGAAACGUUUACUAAAGUAGCGUCAACUACUUCACUGGGCAAGGAAUUCCAUAGAUUAACAACCCUCCGGGUGAAGAAGUUCCUUCUCAAUUCAGUCCUAAAUCUGCUCCCUCUAAUUUUGAGGCUGUGCCCUCUUGCCCUAGCAUGCAGCUGUUACUUGUGUAUGAUGGUGGAACACAAUUUUUCUUUUAUGCAUAAUGUUUGUCAUUUAAGUGUUUUAACCAAGUCAGCACUGUAAUGACAGUUAUGAGCAAAAUUAAGACUUUGAUUUGAAUAGUUCUUGUAUAUGUUGCCAUUAUGUGUGAAUUUGUUGAACUCAUUAAAAUGUGGUCAAUACUUUUUUAAA